AUGCCAUUAACAAAUGAAGAGAUCGUGGAGGUAAUCAAUUCAUAUAAUCUACUCGAUAUAGAAAAGGUUAAUAAGCUUAAUAGAUCUCAAAUAGUCUCGUUAUUUCAAGAUUUAAAGAUUCCUUUAACAGAUCAACAAAAGGACGUCAUUAUUAACGGAAUGCUUGCAUGCAAUCAAAAAGCAACAUUAAAUAAUUGCAUAAAUAUAAUAUCGUGUCUCCAUGACCAUGACGACUUAGGCAUCCUUAAAAUUUGCUUUAGAGGAAUUGAUCAACGUCGUACUCGAAAAGUUAACCUAGAUCAGGCUGUCGAAAUCUCUCAAGUAAUUGGAAAACCUAUGACUAAAGAAGAUUUAUCAAAAUCGAUCCCUUCAAAUAUAAGCAAAGAAUUUACAUUUUCAGAUCUGUCUAAACUAAUUUUAGGGAUAAAUAUCCCAGAAAAUGCUGAUCCAUUCAAUGGAAUUGAAGACAGAUCUGCAUGCUGCUAUAUUUGUUAG